AUGGUUCAAGUUUGGAUAUUUUACAUGAGUUCCAACAAGGUAGAAGUUUUUGCUAAAUUGAGAAGUGUUGUUGGAAAGGUGAUUGAAUUACAUGUUAUCAAGCCAAUUGUUGGGGUUGUCACAGAUUACCAUCCUGAAUUUCCUGAUUAUAAAAGAUGCAAGACUAGGAGGAGAGUUGGAUUCAAUCACGUAGCAGGGGGCUUGGGAAUCGCUUUUGGUUCUGACACGCUGCCAUAUAGGACUAACUUCGAAACAACUUAUAUGCAUGAAGCUACUGACAAGAAAGAUGUUGAACGUGCUAAAGCUGUUGCUGUGGUAGAAAACAAACACGCAAAAUGGACGUGCGUUCUGUUGAGGGAGAACUGGUGA